UUACAUCCCUAAGAACCCCUCUGUGGGCAACCCGCACUGCCGGGGUCCGGUUUGGCCCAAAGCAGGAAGUAGCGCCACUAGCCGUGAACUUCAACCAGGCGCUUGCUUUGCCUAGCGAAAAAACGUGUUCGUCGGCGCUCGACAACAAAGAGCACACACAAAAUGAAAAUCAAAACCGAGGAGCAUAAACGCCAAAAGAUGGUCAAGGAAACGGGCUUCUACGAUAUAUUGGGCGUGAAGCCGGGCUGCUCCCAGGAGGACCUAAAGAAAGCGUACCGGAAGCUUGCUCUCAAGUACCACCCUGACAAGAACCCGAGAGGAGAGAAGUUCAAGCAGAUCUCGAUGGCGUACGAGGUGCUGUCCGACCCGGAGAAGAAAGCUAUCUACGACGAGGGCGGCGAGCAGGCCAUCAAGAAGGGUGGUGGCGGAGGCGGUGGCGGUGGCUUCCACAGCCCGAUGGACAUCUUCGAGAUGUUCUUCAGGGGCUUCGGCGGACGCAGCAAACGGGAACGUCGCGGCAAGGAUCUGGUCCAUCAGUUGUCGGUCACGCUGGAGGAGCUGUACUCGGGUACCACCAGGAAGUUAGCUUUACAAAAGAACAUUAUCUGUGAUCAGUGCGAGGGCCACGGCGGCAAGAAGGGCGCCGUCCAGAAGUGUUCCCCGUGCCGCGGAACCGGCGUCGUCACCAAGAUCCAGCAGUUGGCCCCCGGCUUUGUCCAGCAGUUCGAGGAGGCGUGCCGUUUGUGUCGUGGAAUGGGCGAAAUCAUCGACGAGAAGGAUAAAUGCAAAAACUGCAACGGUCGAAAGACCGUGCGGGAUCGUAAGAUACUCGAGGUCAACGUUGAAAAGGGCAUGCGCGAUGGGCAAAAGAUUGUAUUCUCCGGCGAGGGUGACCAGGAUCCGGAUCUGCAGCCAGGCGACAUUGUGAUAGUGCUAGACGAAAAGGAACACCCGAUCUUCAAGCGGUCAGGCCAGGAUUUGAUUAUGCACAUGCAACUGCAGCUGGUCGAAUCGCUGUGCGGCUUCCAGAAGGUCAUCCGGACAUUGGACGAUCGAGAUCUGGUCAUCACAUCGUACCCCGGCGAGGUCAUAAAGCACGAAGCGGUCAAAUACAUUGCCGGCGAAGGAAUGCCCCAGUAUAAGAACCCGUUCGAGAAGGGACGGCUCAUCAUCCAGUUCUUCACCGUGUUCCCGGACUCGCUGCCGAUCGACCUGGUGCCCGCGUUAGAACAGUGUCUGCCCGGACGGCCCUCGGUUAAAGUUCCCGCCAACGCAGAGGAAUGCAAUUUGGUGGAAUUGGAUCCCGAGCGCGAGCGUCGAAGUUCCGGCUACAAGAACGCGUACGACGAGGACGACGACCAUCACGGACCGGGCGUGAGGGUGCAGCAGUGCGCCACCAGUUAAGCGCGCUGAGAAAUUCCUCGUCGAGUGAAGCAAAGCAAAAAAUACACAUAAUUUAAAAUUGAACCAUUACCGCCGCGCCGCGUAGGAAAAAAAGGAGAAAAAGGUAGGGGGAAAGCAGGAAGGAAAGGAAAGGGCGUCAACUGUCAGUGUGAGCAACGCAUUAGAUGCUAAAAUAGACACUUAGGUUUUGUUUUCUUCUUCUUAACCAAAACUGGGCCGAGCUCCAGCAGCAGCAGCAGUAAGAUCAGGCAAGCGUACGGGACAGGACAGUUAGAAUUAACAACCAAACACACACAAAAACAACCUUUCGAAUUUAUACGCUUUGGACGCAUGAAGAGAUUCUCUUCAACAGUAGAAGAAGACCGGCGUAAAAUUCAAAUUCGCCCUCGUUCAUUCCAACAACAAAAAAGUAAGAGUAAAAAAAAGCGAAUUGAUGCAACGUACAGCAAAUGCAACAAACAAGCACUACUCAUUAAAUAAAAACAGGAUAUUUUCGAAACCAACUGUCUUUUCGUUUUUCCGUGCAAAUAGAAACACUCAACCCCUUUCCAAAUAUUAUUUAUGUCGUUAUUACCACUUAAUCAAAACUCAGCCUCAGCAGCGAGAGCCGCCGGAAGGUCGGUCGGUCGUUCAGCAGCACACGAGCCGCGCGGGGUAAUUUAACAGCCAACAACAGCAGCAGGCUGUUUUAGAAUCGAAUUAAUUGCAACUUGAACCUACACCCUAGCUAAAGGAAUAUUUAAUGGAAACACAAUUAAUGCAGAAAAAAACACACACAGACUUAAUAAAUCCACAAACAAGUAUAAAGUAAAAAGAAAAGUUUUGAUUUGGAAAGUGAUUGUUGCAAAACAGCAUAAGCAACAACAAAAAAAGAAGAAUGAAUAAACUUAAACAAACAAUUUAUGAUUGUCAG